AUGUAUCCAGACGACCCAAGAUGUACCGAACUUGCGUAUCCCGACCUGGUCAACUUUGGCGUCUCCGUCUUCAUAGUCGUUGGAAUCCUAGUAUCCUACCUCCCGCAACAUUAUAAGAUCAUAGCGCGCCGCUCAUCGCGUGGUCUCAGUCCCAUGUUCGUCCUGCUGGGGACUGUGUCCGGAACUGCUAGCAUCGCAAACAUCUUGACCCUACCGGAAAGCACGAGAGACAUGGGAUGCUGUAAGGAUAUUGGCAGCUUCCCAUGUGCUGCAGCUAUGCUUGGGAUAGUGCAAAUUGGUGUACAGUGGAGUUGUUUCUUCUUCAUUAUGCUGCUCUUUCUCAUUUUCUUUCCCCGAAGCACCUCGCCAGACGUAGAAGAAGAACAAGAUACGGAUAUGCCUACAUGGAAAGAAGCAGUGCUCGUCCUGGCUGUCUCGCUCGCCUUCUUCGUCAUCGCGUUCAUCGGUUCCGUCGUCUUCGUGUACGCGCUUCCCUCACACGUUCGCGGAUGGGCAAACUUCCUCGGCUUGCUUGCCACAGUUCUCGCCGCCAUACAAUACAUCCCCCAGAUCUUCAUGACCUGGAGACUGCAGGAAACGGGCAGCCUGUCUAUUCCUAUGAUGUGCAUACAGACACCAGGCAGUUUCGUCUUUGCAGCCAGUCUCUAUGCGAGGCUAGGACCGGGGGGCUGGAGCGCUUGGGGCUUGUUCAUCUUCACAGGUAUCCUUCAAGGCUUCCUGCUAGUCAUGGGCUUGUCCUUCGUCCUGAGAGACAGGAAGGCUCAGAAAGGGCAGCGACUAGAUGAUGCUAAUGGGCGUGAUACUGCUGGAGAUAGCGAGCGGGCGCCAUUAUUGCAUGGCGAAAGGUAA